UUAAAGACUGAACUUGUCAGUGAUGUGUUCCACUGUUCUUCAGUAGCUCAGCCAGACUGACUGUGAUCUCACCAUGUUUAUCCACUGUGAACUGGUCAUCCUGAUACUUGUGAUGACUCUUGAUGGUCAAGUUCAUGCAGGAGAAAUCUAUGGAGGCCACAAGGCUGCGCCACAUAGCAGACCAUACAUGGUGCUGUUGGAGCUGCACCUGGAGGAUGGCAGUAAAGGACACUGUGGUGGCUUCCUUCUGAAUGAAGAUUUUGUGAUGACUGCAGCCCACUGCCAAGCCAAAUCGUACACAGUCUUACUGGGAGUUCACGAUGUCCAUAAAAAUGAUGGAAUACAUCAUAUUUCUGUGAAAGACAUAUGUCCACAUGAAGACUACAAUGUAACUGAUUACCAAAAUGACAUAAUGCUUCUUAAGUUGAGGUCCAAGGCACAUUUAAACGAACAGGUGAAACCCAUUCCUCUUGCAGCUGGAGAUGAUUUCUCAGUGCCAAACUCAUGUACAGUCUCUGGCUGGGGAAGAAGCAACAGAAACACUAAUCACAUGUCUCCUGUGCUCAUGGAAGCCAAUGUAACACUCAUUUCAGAUGAGCAGUGUGCCGAGGAAAACUUUUACUGCUCUGAGGGAAAGACUGGACCAGGUCAGGGAGACUCUGGUGGUCCACUGGUCUGCGAAGACAGAAAGGCAUACGGGGUGGUGUCCACCUCAGGCAACCCAAACUCUGAUGGACCAAUUAUCUAUCGUUACACCAAGAUACCUAAGUAUAGAAAGUGGAUUGAUUUUAAUAUGGAAAAUUGUGGAAAGCUCUAAUGUAUCAUAACAUUUGAAUUAGCAUUAGUUCUGUUUGUUACUUUAGAGCUGAGGUAGGCUGAGGUUAUCGCAUCACAUCUGAUUCCACAUCAAACAGACUGCCAGACCACAAAGUCUGGACUUGCUUGCUUUGCUUUGCUUUGAUCGAAACAUGCUUUAAAUGAUGCAAAUUUUUGCUUGGAAAGUUGAGUCAGAAGACUGAAAAUAGUGUACGCUGCUGUACUGGGUGCUCUACAUUUUCUGUCAGUUAACUCAAGGUAAUUCAAAGCAAAUUAGAAAUGACUGCUUUGCGCAUCUUCAUUUAGACCAUAUCAAAUGAGAACACAGACUCAUGUAAAUUUGUUUUGUUCCAUCUAUUGAAACAAUAAACUGUUGCUCUCUUA